AUGCACCUUGCUGUAGUGGCCUGUGGGGAUAGACUUGAGGAGACACUGGUCAUGAUCAAAUCUGCUCUUAUUCUCUCCAGAAAUGCAAUUAAGGUCCACAUAUUUGCAGAAUAUGAUCUUCAUCUAGGUUUCAAACAACAGUUGGACAAAUGGACAGCUGCUUUACAGGACACAUUUACCUACCAGCUUUAUCCUAUUACAUACCCUGAGGAAAACAGUUUUGAAGAAUGGAAGAAUUUAAAAGCAAAUAAACCAUGUGUCACUCAAAGAUUAUUUUUACCGACUCUCUUGGAGGAUGUUGAUUCCGUGCUGUAUGUGGACACAGAUAUCUUAUUUUUGCGACCUUUUGUUGAUCUCUGGAACUUCUUUAAGUAUUUCAACUCUAGUCAUAUAGCAGCCCUUGCUCCUGAACGUAUGCAUAGAUUAGAUGGGUACGAUCAUUUUGUUCUGCUUCCACAUUAUGGAUUGAAGGGUAAGAAUAUUAAAGCUUUUACAUUAUCUGCUUGUAUCAUUGUGGCAGAAAGUCUCGCAAAUUUUCAAAAGGUAUUUGAGUUGACCUGUGAUUGGAAUUACAGGCCAGACUGCUGUAUGUAUGCCAGUGUUUGUAAAGACGCAGAGAAAGAGGGCAUUUCAGUUCUCCAUGGUAACAGGAGAAUGUACCAUAAUGACAAACAACCGCCCUUCAAUGCAGUUUAUGAAGCUUUUAGAAAGUACACUAUGGGUCAAGAUCUUAGGACAGGCCUUCUAGAGCAGAUGAAGAUGAAUCUUGACAAAGGACCAAAAAGCAACUGUGGUUAUGUCAAACACAUAUUCAUUAAACAGAUAGAAAAACAAAUUACUCUGCUUGAAGGGAGAAAAAAGGUAUUUGAGUUGACCUGUGAUUGGAAUUACAGGCCAGACUGCUGUAUGUAUGCCAGUGUUUGUAAAGACGCAGAGAAAGAGGGCAUUUCAGUUCUCCAUGGUAACAGGAGAAUGUACCAUAAUGACAAACAACCGCCCUUCAAUGCAGUUUAUGAAGCUUUUAGAAAGUACACUAUGGGUCAAGAUCUUAGGACAGGCCUUCUAGAGCAGAUGAAGAUGAAUCUUGACAAAGGACCAAAAAGCAACUGUGGUUAUGUCAAACACAUAUUCAUUAAACAGAUAGAAAAACAAAUUACUCUGCUUGAAGGGAGAAGUUAGCUUGUUUUGGUACAUGUGAGAAUAAUACACAUGAGUGUGUAUGGACAUAUUUCACUCGUAUGUCACCUACAUUGUAGUGCUUCGAUUUGUUGUGAAUGUCGAUUGUAAAUUGUCGGUUGUCUCAAUUUAUAGCAUUUUUGGCAGAAGCGAGCAGAACUACAUGUAUGAAAUGGUAACCAGCGGU